CCCCCAAUCUGCCCCAGGGGAGUCCCCGCCCUGUUCUGCCCCCCUCCUCCAUCUCUGCACUCAGUCACUCCCCUCCACAGACACAGAAGAUCCUCAGCUGGAAGACGAGAUCGACAGAGAGGGGGAGACCCCCACCGUCCGCAGUCUGGGGGGAGGGCAAGAAGGGCGUCUGAUGUGUGGGACAGCAAGGAUAUAAACAUGGCGGCUCCAGGUUACUCCUCACCUGCUCCCGGAUACCCCAACCCCCCUUAUCCCUCUCCACCCUACCCCACCGCCCCCUCCGCUCCUCCCGCACCAUUGCCGCCUUCUCCUGGAUUCCAUGAUUACCCCGGAGGUGGGUGCAGCAUCCCUCCACAGCACCAAAUGCACCCCCACCCACAGCUGGAGCCAGCAGGAGCACCUUAUAUGCCCGUCAGCAGCGGGAGCACCCCAAGUGCCUUGGAAUACCUUAGCCAGAUAGACCAAAUCCUCAUCCACCAGAAGACGGAACUUCUAGAAGCGAUCACGGGCUUCGAGACCUGCAAUCAGUACGAGUUGCGGAAUAUAAUGGGUCAGCGGAUAUUCUCCGUGCAGGAGAGGAGCACAGUGUGCGCACGUUGCUGCUGCGGCUCCCUCCGCCCCCUCACUCUGCACGUCUGUGACUACACGGGGCGGGAGGUCAUCCAUUUCGUCCGCCCCCUCAAGUGUUCCAGCUGCUGCUUCCCUUGCUGCCUACAGGAGUUGGAGGUCCAAUGCCCCCCGGGUCAGACCAUCGGUUACGUAGUCCAGACGUGGCACCCGUUCGUCCCCAAAUACUCGCUCAUGACGGAGAGUCGGGAGCCGGUGUUGAAGGUGGUCGGGCCGUGUUUGAUGUCCAGCUGCUGUGGAGACGUUAACUUCCAGGUGAAGCCUCUAUGUGAGUCUCGCAGUGUGGGUCGGAUCAGUAAGCAGUGGACCGGACUACCUAAGGAAAUCUUCACAGAUGCAGAUAAUUUUGGGAUCCAGUUCCCGAAGGACCUGGAUGUGAAGAUGAAAGCAGUGUUACUAGGCGCCUGCUUCCUGCUGGUGAGUCUUUCUGUAAAGCCAUGGAAGAGAGCUCCCCCUACAGGAUAA